AUGAAUUGCUAUGCCUUGAGCAGAGGGAGCUUCACCGAAUACAUAGAGUGGGUGCUGGUGUCCUGUGCUUCACCGCUCACAGUGGACAUAGUUGACAAAGACGACACCAGCCCCACUAGCUACCCAGUGCCCAGCCAUCAACACCCUGACUGCGAGGAUUGGCAGCAUGAGCCCACUGCAGACCAUGAGAGGGACUUCGCUGCGAUGUUCGAGCAAACGCCAACGGGAGAGACCGAGCAGAACAUCACCACAGAGCCUGACGCUCUCCAAGCCCCUCUCCAGUCCCCAGCCCUGCCUGUCUCCCAGCCAUCGCUGUCUCCCUUCAGCACUUCUGUUUCUCAUCUGCCUCCCCUCAGUGGCGUGGAUCCACCUCAGGACUGCUGGGAGCCACCUCCUCUUGGGCGUGAGGAGCCCGUGGCCAAUCUAACAUGUCUUUUUGCAUCCCUUGCAUGCAUCCCUCUGUCUCUCUUCAGUCAUGUGAUCGUUUUGGGUGAUGUGAACACCUCUCACAGACCCAUAGACCACUGUGAUCCAGAUGAUGUGGACAACUUUGACGAUAAUCCUGGGAGGAAGUGGCUGGAUCAUUUCCUGUUCGAUACAGCAGAAAAUGAAAAUACUGAAGAUGAACUUGCAGACACCUCCCAGAAAUCUGCCUCUGGUGGCAAGUUUGUUGACUCCUUCCGCCAUUUUCACCCAAAGCGCUCCAACGCCUUCACAUGCUGGUCCACGCUCACGGGUGCCAGGCAGACCAACUACGGCACACGCAUCGACUACAUCUUCUCUGACCGCCCUUUGGUGGAGACUGCCUUUACUGGCGUGGACAUUAUGCCAGAGGUGGAGGGAUCAGAUCAUUGUCCUGUAUGGGCGCAGCUCAGCUGUACCCUCCAGUCUAGUCCCAAGUGCCCGCCCCUGUGCACACGCCACAUGCCAGAGUUCACCGGCAGACAACAGAAACUUUCACGCUUCUUGGUGAAAGUUCCAGAGAAACUUAGUGUUUCUAAAGGCUGUGAAGAGAGUCUACCUGGAUCACAGGAUGUUGGGGAAAUUCGGGAAAACCUGAAUCCUGUAGUACAGGGGAACAGUGUUGCAAAGAAGAGACCUACAGAUAGAGAAGCAGACACAAAUGCGCACAAAGGCAAAAGAAGCAAGCAGACCAAAACUGAAAUUAAUGCUAAAGGAAGUCUUUUAGCUUUCUUUAAGCCUAAACAAACAGCGUUGAUGCUUUCAAGUGGGAACCUGGGCCCGAAACAGGAAGAAUCCUCUCAGGAUGGCCCGGGUAGUGAGAGCGACACUAGUAGCUGCCCCAGCGAUGUGCAAAUGGAGACAAAUUCCUCCAAGGUGACAGAAAUGGAGAUUGAAAAUCAGGAUGAAGUGGAAGGAGAGUCUACAUCCAUAGAUAAGUCAAAUGACUGUAAGAAAGGGCCAUGCGCUGGUUUUUGGAAAACUGUUUUGCGUGGGCCUCCUCAGCCGCCACUUUGUAAAUCACACAACGAACCCUGUGUUUUACGGACUGUGAAAAAAGCAGGACCUAAUUUAGGCCGGCAGUUUUUUGUAUGUGCCCGUCCUCAAGGCCACGCCUCCAAUCCUCAGGCCAGGUGCAAUUUUUUUGCCUGGGUAGAAAAAGGAAAAUAGAUUUAAGUCCAGGAAUCUUUAUCCAUACUGUAUUUCAUGUUUUGAUUGUAUGUGUUUGUUUGUUUUAUAUAUAACAUUUUUAUUGUUCAACUAACAAAAGAGAAAUAAAUGCUAUUUUUCA